GGUCAAUGAAGCAUCUCCGAUCGCUAAACGUUUGUGACAAUCAGCUAAAGCAAGUUCCACAUGAUGCGAGAAGUCUCUGCUCCCUCGAGAUCUUAAAUCUGAAUUACAAUUACAUAUUAGAGUUGACCUGUGAGGACUUUGAGAACACAACACAACUGAGAGAGCUUUACCUGAAGAGAAAUCGCAUUAGCCAAGUGGAUUACUGUGUUUUUCUAAAUCUUGAAAGCCUAAAGCUUUUGGAUCUGAGUUUUAAUCAACUGAUUACAUUUGAAAACAACAUUUUUUUGCCACAGCUUGAAAUUUUAAACAUAAAUCACAAUGAAAUAGCUUUCCUAGAAAUACUUGAUUUUCUUGGUUUCCAAUCCCUGAAACAGUUGGAUCUAGGAACAACUUUCUUUGAUGGGAUGACACAAAGAUCAUUUCAUAAAGUCAAUAAACAGGAGAAUAAUAUUUCAUCUCGUGACAGAAUAUGGGAAUUAAAGCUCUUGGAAAAUUUAACAAUAGAACUGAACCCUCGAAACCUUUUCAGCAGUCUUCAAACAAACUAUUCUCGAGAUAUUGUGGUCUUUAAAUCAAUGAAAAGAUACACAGCAAUCUGCAACUUUUUUUGCUUUCCACAUCAAUUAGCAGAUAUACACAGGUCUAUGACAUAUUUGGAGAAUUUUACAGUUGUCAACGUCUUUACUGAAGCUCCUUCUAUAGACAUGUUUUGGUUCAAUCCCGAUCUCAAGAGUGUGACAUUCAUAGAGACUGAUUUUUCAGAAGCGGGUCCAGAACUCUUCCUUCCAAUCCCAAACCUGCACAGUCUUGAGCUUUCCAAAUGCAACAUCAGCUCUUUGGAUUUUCUGGUGAAGGCCAACCUUACAGCACUCAGAUUCCUGAAACUGACUGACAAUGAACUUUCUGUGAUUAAUGACACUGUGUUCAAGUCUUUCCCAUCUCUAACGUACUUGGACCUGGACAACAACCCAUUCACCUGUAACUGCUCAAACGCACGCUUUAUCCAAUGGGUGAAGAACAAUAAGCAGACACAGGUGGUAAACGCUCAUCAAUAUAAAUGUUCCUCAUCUGUGGAUAAAGGAGAAAGUUUGUUACUAGAAUAUGACGUUCAUUUGUGCUGGGACGAUGGCAGAUUUUUCUACUUCAUUUCCAGCACUUGUCUGGUUGUUCUGACUCUUCUCACAUCGUUCAUCUAUAACUUCCUAUGGUGGCAUCUCACCUACACCUUCCACCUCUUCCUGGCCUAUUUCUAUGACAGUCAGAGAAGGAAAAAGGAAGUUCUUCAUCGGUUUGACGCCUUUGUGUCCUAUAACGUCCACGAUGAGGGCUGGGUUUACAGAGAAAUGCUCCCAGUGUUGGAGGGACAGCAGGGCUGGAGACUCUGUCUGCACCAUAGAGACUUCCAACCAGGUAAACCCAUCAUAGAGAACAUCACCGAUGCCAUCUACGGCAGCAGGAAGACCAUCUGUGUGAUCAGCCGCAGCUACCUGCAGAGCGAAUGGUGCUCCAGAGAGAUCCAGAUGGCCAGCUUUCGCCUGUUUGAUGAGAAGAAGGAUGUUUUGGUCCUGCUGUUUUUAGAAAACAUUCCUGCUCGUCAUCUGUCUCCAUAUUACCGCAUGAGGAAGCUGGUGAAGAAGCGCACCUACCUGAGCUGGCCCCAGGUUGCACAACAUCCAGAGGUUUUCUGGCAGAACGUCCAGAGAGCUCUGCAGACAGGGGGCGCUCUCACUGAAAACACGGACCUCUGACCGGACCAGCAGGAUGCUGAGAAAAUGUAAAGAGCUGUAAAAUCACGGUUAAGAUUAACCAUAGAUUAACUUUAUUCCAGGGUGUUAAAGGGUUAGUUCAAUGUAAGAUAAUUUUUUUGUGCUUCACAUCAUUUUAUGUUUUCAAAAACAUACUUGGAGUUUUGUCUCCAGGUAUGCAUGAGUAAGAAAUCCUUUAAUCUCCAUGGCAACCAUUCAGCUCUGCAAAAUGCCUGGGUGGACCUAGCUCCGCCCG